CAGCCCGUGCUCCAGCCAAAUGGCAGGUUUGCUUGUUCUGUGGUACCGUGCAGGAUGGCGCCUGCCUUCCCGUCGAUAGAGCCUGCUCUCGGUGCAAGGCGCGCCUACGUCCCCUCUCACUCUUAUUGCGACGGCUGCCGCUCUCCUCGUCUGCUCAAGUCACGUCCAGUGUCACCGUCACUUUCACUGCACGCCCUGAGAGAUGCCCACCAAGCCCUCGACGUAGCGCCGUCUGCAGGCUGCUGCACCGUCCCCUCGCCCUAACCGCUUCCGCACCCACCGAUCGUCGCCGUUUGCUCGUUUGACUCGAGCGCCUGGUUUGACUCGACAUGGCGCCCGCUGCAGACCUGGCACGUCCGCCCAGGAUCCCGAAACUAAGCUAUCGUAAUCGCCUGCCCGCCGACGACCUGUCCCUCAUUUCCCGAACUUCAUCUACCUCUACCGACACUCCUCUCAGUCUCAACGACCCGCCCUUGGACCGGCACCUCUCCACGCCAAAUUGCACGCCAGUCUUGACGCCAGAGUUCGACAGCAGAAGCACAGCAUCAUUAGCGUCAUCCCAAUCCGCCAGCCUGGCGUCCUCCGAUGGCUCCAGUACCCGCGAGUCCAAGGUGUCGUCGACGAAGAAAAAGAAGAACAGCGUCCUCAACUUCCUCACUCUGAAAGAACCGUCGCAGUCCGCCCUAGACCAGUUUGCCGAUGCACAGCGGAAGCAAUCAGCAGCAAAAGGUGGUCUCCCACCGCCUGUGGGCAUGCAGGGCAUCUCUGCGCAGAAGCUGCCGCCGACCGUGCCCAAGGUCAAUUCUAAAUGGGACGGCGUACCGGAAUCUUUGAAAUCUUCACGCAACUCGAUCGUUUCUAGCAAGAGGACGAGCACAAUGAGCAGCACCUCAUCCCAAGGAUCGCCAAACUACACAACCCGCACGUCCACGAUAAAUUCCACGAUAAAUUCGUCUGCCAUCUCUGUCGCGACAAAUGACAGCCGAGGACCUCCAAACUCCUUAGCCUCUCCGAUGCACUCGGCGAUUGAUGUUACCGCGUACACUCCAACGAAAUCUCCUCCGCGGGCAGACUCACCCUCUUCUGCCUCCCUGCCGGAAAUGACGUCCUUUUUCCCGGAUGAUCCGAGCUUGUCGGCUGCUUCACCACGCUCUAGUGCAGAACAUCCUUGGAGUCCACCUUCUCGCCCUGACCAGGAUGCGGCUCACAUCUUUGUCACCGAUUUUGACGAAAAGCUUUCAAUAUCCGAACCAGAUAUCGUGACUGUCGAUAAGGCAGACGCGAUUUUCAGGCGAUUGAACGGUGGACCCGGAGAGCCCCUAAGCGACUAUUACGAUGGAGAAGAUGAAGACCCGGACGUACCUGAAACGCACGACUUCCUCUUCGACGUAAAGCCCAUCCUGACCACACCGCCGCCAUCAACUUCAUCCCACCAGACUCCAGUACAGCCGAUCCAACCUACACCAGCCCCGCACUAUGUACCUUCUGGAAAACCUUCCGCCAACUUCUCACGGCCACGUCCCAAUCAAACCUACUCAAAUCCACCCCGGGCUAGCACAUACCCGCACCACCAUAAGUUCACUUCUCCCGCCUUGCCCACGCUUUACGAGGCUUCUAUUGCCAGCACAGACGACACGGAUGCGGCUUCCGAUACGACUGAGAUUGGACGAACUCGCACUCGUGACAGCACGGACAGUGCCGAAUCGUUCUCUGCACACUCCAUCGCACCUUCGACGGCGCCUUCUGUUGCAACGUCCUUCACGCCCUCUGUGAUGUCAGCUUCCUGGUACCGCUCGUCUCGUGAACGACUGGGCUUAGGUGGACGCAUUCGCAAGAGUGACGUCCUGCCAUGGGAACAGACGGACACGGACCGAGGUAAGCCUAAGAAGAGCCGUUUAUCUGUCUUCUCUCGGGGCUAGCAUAUCCAGCGCGGAUGAGCUUUCGCAUACUUUCUUUGCUAGACAUGAGGGUUUCGCGCCCCACGUUGGCUAACGUGCCAUCUAGCUGCACCCUUUUCGCACCUGCACCCUUUGCAUAUGCACCCUCCGGACGUCGACAAACGUCGUAUGAUCUGAUGAAAUCUUUUUCUUUCUGUCAGGCUGCAGCCAAUCGCCAUUUCUCGAUAUCCCACGCCUUUCGUUUGUGCUUAAGCGGUCACUCAAGCCUGUGUUUAAUUCAUGUGUACGCGAUUCAUAGAUACCCUUGUCAGCAUUUGAGCGAUUUCUGGGGAUUUAUUCGGCACGAAGCUGAUGACUUUCAUUAGCCUUGAGUUCACCCAAUUUUUUAUGUAUGCUAUGAGAAUGUCGAGCUUCGGUUUUCCAGGACAGAGAUAGUCCCGAGCAUGUCAUGAGGUGGGUCUCCCGGGGGAGGUUGGGGCCAUGGAUACGUAG